AGCCUGCAGGGCACAUGGGAACAACACCAAGUUGAAAGUUCCACUAGACUCCACAAGCCAGAAUGGCAAAUUAGCUCCAUGUGGUUUUGAUUUAAGGUGGCAGAAUCAUUUUUCAUAACUGAGUACAGUGGACUACCCUCAGCCAAUGGAUUGGUAGCUGGAUAAGGUUGACUUUGACAUUGAAAAAUUGGUCUCUCGUCUUUCAAAGAAGGCGCAACCGGUGGUCAAUCUUCGUUAUUGUAUUAGUAUCACAUAUACUGUAUAUAUAUAUUUUCUUUCUGCUUGUCUUGCUUUGAUCUGUCUUUUGUACUUUGUUGUAGUAUGGCUGAGGCAGUUGUAUCAUUUGGAGUUGAGAAGCUUUGGGAGCUUCUGACUCGAGAAUCUGCGCGAUUGAAUGGUAUAGAUGAGCAAGUUGAUGGACUAAAGCGUCAGCUGGGAAGGUUACAGUCGUUGUUGAAAGAUGCACACGAUAAGAAAAAUGAAAGUGAAAGGGUGAAAAACUUCUUGGAAGAUGUCAAGGACAUUGUUUUUGAUGCUGAUGAUAUAAUCGAAUCCUUUCUUCUUGAAGAACUUCGAGGAAAAGAUAAAGGGAUCAAGAAGCAUGCGAGAAGACUUGCUUGUUUUUUAGUAGAUCGCCGGAAAUUUGCUUCUGAUAUCGAAGGUAUAACUAAGAGGAUCUCUGAGGUGAUUGUGGGAAUGCAGAGUUUAGGGAUACAACAUAUUAUCAAUGGUGGUGGCCGUUCAUCGUCUCUGCAAGAAAGACAAAGGGAGAUCCGGCAGACAUUUUCUAACAACUCCGAAAGUGAUCUUGUGGGGUUGGAUCAGAGUGUUGAAGAAUUGGUUGAUCAUUUGGUGGAGAAUGAUAACAUUCAAGUGGUUUCUGUUUCUGGUAUGGGCGGUAUUGGUAAAACCACACUAGCUAGACAAGUGUUUCAUCAUGACAUUGUCCGACGCCAUUUUGAUGGAUUCUCAUGGGUGUGUAUUUCUCAACAGUUUACGCGGAGGGAUGUUUGGCAGAGGAUCUUGCAAGGUCUUAGACCAUAUGAUGAAGACAUUAUACGGAUGGAUGAAUCGACACUCCAAGGUGAACUCUUUGAAUUGUUGGAAACCGGUAGAUAUCUGCUUGUCCUCGAUGAUAUAUGGAAAGAAGAAGACUGGGACCGAAUAAAAGCUGUGUUUCCCCAUAAAAGAGGUUGGAAGAUGUUACUUACUUCCCGCAAUGAAGGUAUUGGUUUACAUGCGGAUCCAACAUGUUUUGCCUUUAGACCAAGAAUCCUUACUUCGGAAGAAAGUUGGAAGCUAGUUGAGAGAAUUGUAUUCCCUAGGAGAGACGAAACUGGAUUCAGGGUUGAUGAAGCCAUGGGAAAAGAAAUGGUCACAUAUUGCGGAGGACUACCGUUAGCCAUUAAAGUGCUAGGAGGGUUGCUUGCUAAGAAACAUACAGUCCUCGAAUGGAAAAGAGUGUAUAGCAACAUUGGAACUCAGAUUGUAGGAAAAUCUGGUUUCAGUGAUUUGCCUAUGCAGUUAAAGCAUUGCUUCCUUUACUUGGCCCAUUUUCCUGAAGAUUACAGGAUCAAUAGGACAUUGUUCAACUACUGGGUUGCAGAAGGAAUAAUAAUGUCCUGUUACGAUGGAUCAAACAUUCAAGAUAGUGGAGAGAGCUACCUAGAUGAGCUAGUGAGGAGAAAUAUGGUUGUUUCUGAGGAAAGCCAUUUGAGUUCCAGAAUAGAGUAUUGUCAAAUGCAUGACAUGAUGAGAGAAGUAUGUUUAUCUAAAGCCAAAGAAGAGAACUUUCUUCAAGUUGUCAAAGUCCCUGCAGCUACCGUUACUACCACCAGUGCUCAAUCUCCGUGUAGCUCUCGCAGACUUGUGCUACAUAGUGGUAAUGCACUUACUAUGCUAGGACAUAAAUGCAAUAAAAAGGCUAGAUCUGUUUUGAUUUUUGGAGGUGACAAAAGCUUUUGGAACCCUUCAGGUUUUCAAUGUUUACCAUUGCUUAGAGUGUUGGAUCUUUCUUACGUACAGUUUGAAGGAGGGAAGUUACCAUCAAGCAUUGGAGAGCUCAUUCACUUGAGAUUUUUGAGUUUAUAUGAGGCUGGCGUAUCUCAUCUACCUUCUUCUCUACGGAAUCUAAAGCUUCUGCUCUGUUUGAACUUAGGUGUUGUUGAUCGGUUACAAGUUCAUGUGCCAAAUGUUUUGAAAGAGAUGCGAGAACUGAGGUACCUUUGCUUGCCUCGUUCAAUGCCUAAUAGAACCAAGUUGGAAUUGGGUGAUCUAGUGAACUUGGAGUCCUUGACGAAUUUCUCUACAAUACACAGUAGCGUGAUGGACCUACUCCGUUUGAAAAAGCUCAUGGUUCUCAGUGUGAUUUUCAGUGGCGGGUGUACCUUUGAAACUCUAUUGUCAUCUCUCGGUGAAUUGAGAAAUCUCGAAACGCUUAGUUUUUAUGAUUUCCAAAAAAUCAGUGUGGCUGACAAUGGGAGAGAACUCGUUCUAGAUUUUGUUCAUCUAAAGGAUUUAACCUUGUCCAUGCAUAUGCCAAGGUUUCCGGAUCAAUACCGAUUCCCUCCCCUUCUUGCACACAUAUGGCUAAUCGGAUGCCGCAUGGAGGAAGAUCCGAUGCCAAGUCUAGAAAAGCUACUUCAUUUGAAAUCGGUAUAUCUUUCAUCUGGUGCAUUUGUUGGAAGGAGAAUGGUGUGUUCCAAAGGCGGAUUUCCUCGGCUACUUGCUCUCAAAAUGUCGUAUAAAAAAGAGCUGGUAGAGUGGAGAGUAGAAGAAGGGUCGAUGCCAUGUCUUCGUACUUUGACUAUAGACAAUUGCAAAAAGUUGAAACACCUCCCGGAUGGGCUCAAAUUUAUAAGUUCCUUGAAGGAAUUGAAGAUAGAAAGAAUGAAGAGGGAGUGGACAGAGAGAUUGGUAAUAGGUGGGGAAGAUUACUACAAAGUCCAACACAUUCCCAGUGUUCAAUUUAUCAACUGUGGCCACUAAUGGGAAGUAGUAGCAGGUUAAGUUUAUUCAUGUUUUGUGCGCUUUGUUCAGUUUCUUUGUGGUUUUGUAUUCAAUUUCGAUUUGGAUAGACUAAAAUGACGUUUGUUCUUACGUUUGUACUAAGUUGUUGGCAAAUUGCUGACUUGUAACUUGUAAGUUGUAAUAUUUGGGAUACGAAAAUAUCGAUCCUU